AUGGAUCGCCAUGUUGUGCUAGACUGGUACAAUAACCUAGACUCUCGAGUCGUUGACCUCGUCGGUGACUUUGUUGGUGACGAGCUUUUCAUAAUCGAAGGAGAUUCGCUUCUACUCCAAUGCUUCUCCAACGAGAAACUUGACUUCAACCCGGGCUUCCAGGUCUUGCAUGCAACUUACCUUGCUGAGAAGUUGCUACAAAAGCUUCAACAGCGCAAGUGUUUCUUCGAGGUUGUCUUUUUCGCCGAGAAUGCCCCAUUAUGUAUUCCCAAAGGAGUUCACAGAGACCUCCACGCGAGGUACCUCCUUACCCGAGAGGCAAUUAUACAACAUCUUGUUUCUGUCCGCGUCCAACCGUCACAAUUCUUCCGAGCCCUGAGGUUUGAUAGCUUCCAAUCCGAUGAGUUCAAAGCUCAUCUGGUAGAGUCGGGGGCAUAUUUGUUUAUGUGUCAUGACGGCGGGGUUUCUGACCGCGGGGAUGAUACUGCUAGUGAUAUCGAUAGCAGCGAUUCUGAAAGUGAUUCUGAUAGCAGCGACUUCGAAGAUGGUGACACCAAAGGUUCUCUUAUCGAUAAGCGUGGCGAGAUCUCAAGAUUUAAGCUCCGCACGAUGAUCUACUGGUUUGUUGUCCACGGAUACAAUCUUGCUCUUCUCAAUACCCUCGAGUUCCGUGACACAAAGGUCAUGGCAAUGGUGAUCGAAAGCUCCAUUAAAACAAAUCCCUUGCCGACUGGCCCUGAAACAGAUGAUCCUAAAAAGCUCAAUCAAAACGAGACUGAUCCCAAUUAUUUGUGGAAGUCCCUCUCCCAAUUAAAUAUUGAAGACAGCCAAGAGGAUGCGCUAGAAUAUGACUCCGUCAACAAUGAACCGUCAAACCAGGCUCAGAUGAAAAAGGUUCUUGAACAGGCACUUAUUGAGCAGCCUGGGCUGUCACAGCGCCAAUAUCUUGUGGUUGCUACACUCAGCUCUAUGCUUUUGGGCGGCGUGGCGGACAAGCUCAAGAACAAGAUUGAAGCACAGUCUAUGCUUUUGCACAUUGUACUUUUGCAAAACACUCAACUGUCCGAUCGAUCAAUCCAAACCACUGCACCAAAAAACUCGAAAUUUUUCAACGAAUUCGUGAAAACGGCUCAGGUUUUGCUCAGCUCGAAGCUUUGGAAUAAAGCAAUGAGCGACCAUAACCUACUUUGCGAUCUUUUUGACCUCGUGGAUGGAACAUUGUUUUUCGCAGUCCAGCGGAUGGUCGAAGAAUCGGGCAUCCAAAAAUUAAUCACAUCGGUCACCCAAACCCAGUUCAACACCCUUGCGUGUCUGUUGGACCGCAUUUGUGGUACAACACUGCAAUGCGAAGAGGUUGGGGAAGCGGCUGCCGGCUCUGAAGAUGCUGCUCAUGGAAGUAUCUCCAAGCCUCAUGGCAUUGAAAAGGUGCUUCCAUUUAGCAAUGCAGUCUUCGAUAAUAUUCUGAAGCCUGUUCACCUCGCAGUCGAUAAAUCGAGUGAUAGCCAAGUUUCCAAGGAGAAUGAAGACACCCACUGGCAUAGCUCCAAGCCCCUUGAUCAAAAGAAAGUCAUCCUCACACCCCAAGAAGUUGAGCGAAGCCAUAAACGGAACCAGCGUUUCAUGGCCGAGAUGAGAGAUUAUGCUGCAAGUCUCUCAUCAUCACAGCCGGAGCCGAUUGUUGUUGAAACCGGCAGUAGUUCACGCCAGAAGUCUCAUCAAACCCCUCCGGCGAGCAAAGACGCUGGAAAAUCAGACAAGAAAUCUCACUCCAAGUCUGGCAAACCAUCCACAAAAGAGAUGGCCGCAGCAUUCGUUCAUCAAAAAGCAAUGGAGGUAACGCAAAAACAGAGACAGAAGUGGAAAAACGUGUAUAAUGACGAAUUCGCUCUCAUCGAUGAUCUUGUGACUCGUUUUACAAAGCUCAACGGAUACUUGACUAGUCUUCCUAAAGAUAGUCGACAAGUUCUUGAACCUGAAGUUUUGACUUGCAUGAUCGAUACAUUGCUACGCCUUCUCUUUGUCGAACGCACAAAUGUGCAGAGUAAAAAGUACAUGUUGGUCGUGACACGCAUUUGGGAGAUUGUCACUUCCCUCGCGAAAAUCAAGCAAGGCAUCUCAUCCGAUAUUGUCACAUAUGUCUCGACAGUCUGUCAAAUACUUGGUUUGCCACCUGCUCAGCUUCAUGCCGAUUGUGAACAGAAACUAUCUUUCCCGUCGUUCAAGAUCCCUAAAGCAGCACCCAGCAUGAGUAUCGAGAUGAGCCCAGUUGAAUUCCAGCUUCAACACGGUGGGCCUUUCAUGGAACGCAGCAUAGACUCAAUGCCCGACUCCCGGACGCCUGAUUUUGCGCCCGAUCGCUGGCAGCGUGAAGUGUUGGACCAGAUCGAUGCAAAGAAGAGCGCAUUCAUCGUGGCCCCAACAAGUGCAGGAAAAACAUUCAUCUCUUUCUACGCGAUGAGACAGAUUUUGAAAGAAGAUAACGAUGGAAUUCUUGUCUAUGUUGCCCCCACAAAGGCUCUUGUCAAUCAGAUCGCAGCCGAGGUGCAAGCCCGAUUCUCCAAAUCAUUCCCUGCCAAAACUAGUGGAAAGUCCGUUUGGGCCAUUCACACAAGAGACUAUCGCAUCAAUAACCCCCAGGGAUGCCAAAUUCUCAUCACGGUUCCCCAGAUUCUUCAGACCAUGCUGCUUAAUCCCUCGAACGCCAAUGCAUGGACUCCUCGCUUGAGACGUAUUAUUUUUGAUGAGAUUCAUUGCAUUGGUCAGGCUGAGGAUGGUGUCGUUUGGGAACAACUGCUUCUGAUGUCCCCAUGCCCGAUUAUCGCUCUCUCGGCUACCGUCGGAAAUCCCCAGGAAUUCUACAACUGGCUAGAUCUUGCCCAGAAAACCAAUGGAUUCGACCUCAAGAUGAUCCAGCACCAGCACCGUUAUUCGGAUCUGCGAAAGUACGUGUACGAGCCUUCUGGUGACUUCUCCUUCAAAGGGUUUUCCAGUACCCCUAGCUUGGCCCGUUUGGGCCUAGAGGGAUCCGAUGAUAUGACGUUUGUGCAUCCUGUCACCAGCCUGCUGGACCGCUCCAGAUCGAUCCCAGAUGAUCUUGACUUUGAGCCACGUGACUGCUUCACUUUGUGGAAAGCAAUGAAUGAUCUUCAAACAAAGCAGUUCCCCGUUGACCCAUCUCUGGAUCCGUCCACCUUUUUCUCGAAUGUUGUCAUCCAAAAGGUGCACAUCAUAGAAUGGCAAAAACAACUCAAAAAGGUGUUGGGAGAGUGGAUGAAAAACCAAGAAUCUCCAUUUGAGACACUUUUGGUCAAUCUUGAGCACCCAGCAGGGUUUGCAAUCAAAAAAGAGGAGGACUUGUCAAAACAGGUAUCUCGGAUGAAUGGCUUAUCUGAUACGCUGAACGAUAACCUGCUCGACACAACCCUUCCUUUGAUCUCCUCGCUACACGCUCAGAAUGCUCUCCCCGCGCUAUUCUUCAAUUACGACCGCGGUAAGUGUGAAGAUAUCUGCCAAGAGUUGUUGGCACAGCUACAAAAGGCCGAGACAAAAUGGAAGGAAGAGAGUCCGGUAUGGAAAUCCAAGAUUGCCAAAUGGGAAGCAUGGAAGACAUCCAAGAAUUCCGCAAAGAAGAAGCUUGAAAGGGCUACCAAGAAGAAGCCAAGUGGAAACGCCGACGAAGAGCCAACUUCCAAGGCAGAGCAAGCCAAGGAAUCAGCAUCUGCUGAUUUCGGCUGGCUUGAUCUUUUCGACCCGAAGAGGCCUGUGGAUGGAUUCCAUUUGGCUGACUUCAAGAAGGUCACCGCUUCCGAGUUUUAUGUCUAUGCCAAGCAGCUGCAGUGGCGCUCGGUGCCUCAAUGGUUGAUUGAUGGUCUAGAGCGAGGAAUCGGUGUCCACCACGCUGGUAUGAACCGCAAGUACCGUCAAGUUUGUGAGAUACUCUUUAGGAAGGGCUUUUUGCGUGUCGUGAUUGCUACUGGUACUUUGGCCCUGGGUAUCAAUAUGCCUUGUAAGACGGUCGUCUUCUCGGGCGAUUCCAUUUUCUUGACAGCCCUGAAUUUCCGACAAGCCGCCGGAAGAGCUGGACGUCGUGGAUUUGACGUGCUGGGAAAUGUCGUUUUCCAGCACGUUCCACCAUCCAAGGUGCAACGACUGAUUAGCUCGAGACUGCCAAGUCUUAACGGACAUUUCCCCAUCACAACAAGUCUGGUGCUACGGCUGUUCAUCUUACUACAGGGCUCAAAGCAAGCUCCGUCUGCCGUGAAAUCGAUCAACUCGAUACUCUCAAGUCCUCGAAUCCACCUCGGUGGCCCUGAGAUGAAGGAAACCGUGCUCCACCAUCUCCGAUUCUCUAUCGAAUACCUCAGACGGAAUAAUCUUCUUAGCGGUACAGGUAUGGCUACCAAUUUUGCGGGCUGUAUCUCGCAUCUGUACUACACAGAGAAUUCUAGCUUUGCUUUCCAUGCCCUAUUGAAUUCGGGAUACCUCCAAGAUCUCUGCCAGGACAUAGAGACGAAGCCCAAAAAGACUGUUCAUUCUCUGAUGCUGGUCAUGGCUCACCUUUUCGGGCGUAUUCCCCUGCGAGCCUCCACCUUGGAAGUGUUCCAGAGCGCAGAAAAGAAGCUCUCCUCAGCUGUGGCUCUUCCACCUUUACCGAGAAAAGCAGCGUCCGCCCUACGUGCUCACAAUAGACAGGUCCGGGACAUCUACACUGGCUACGUCUCCACCUUUGUUAAGCAGCACGUCAGCGAACCAGACCGUUCGCUACCAUUCAGUGGAACCAAAUGCGGUGGAGAAAAUAACUCCGAGAAACUCGGCCUCUCAGGGUUGGAGCACAUCUCCCCGUCAAUCGUAUCCCCAUUCUUCGCCCUUUCAGGAAAUGGAGACGAAUGCAGCACCGUCUUCGAACUCAGUCAGAUGGUUCGCAGUGGCGUUUGGAUUGAGGAUUCCGUCAUUCCAUAUGUGCCCGUUGACACCAACGAGAACGCGGCCCCUCUCAAUGCAUACCUGUAUGACUUCUUCAAGCACGGAAGUGUUUCUCAGUUGGAGACUGCAAACCGCAUCCGCCGUGGAGACAUCUGGUUUGUGCUGAACGACUUCUCGUUGACUUUGGCAACAAUCAAGGCCAGCAUCGAAGGAUUCCUCAAGCCUGGAGGCAACAUCGGCGCGGACAUGCUCGAUGUUGCUGGCGGCGGUGAUGAUUACGAGAAUCUCGUGGAUGACAAGGCCGUUGAUCAGAUCGAGGCUGAAAAUGCUGGAAAGUUGCCUGUGAAACCAAACAACAUUCAGGCGGCGGCUGCCCCCGUCCCCGCCGCUCGUCCGCGAGCGAAGAAGGUUGUGGUGGAUAGCUGGGAGGAUGAGAUGGAGGACGAGGAGCUGGAUGAAAGCUGGGAUGACGCCACCGAUGCUCCCACAGAUACAACUAACGGGGUCAAGGCUACGCAAGACAAGCCAGUGGACAAGUCUCACAGAUCUAUGUUCCUGGUUGCCAAGGCUUUCAAAGAACUGCACACUGAGUUUGAUACCAAGUUCAAGGCUAUGUGGGCUUAA